AUGGUCGAUUCAGUCGAAGUGAUCGGCCCGCGACUGGCCAUCCUACGUCUACGCAUCGACAAGCGCACUUUCUAUGUUGUCGGAGACUUUAACGCAGUCAUCCAUGAGGGCAUUGGUGUCUACAUAGAACCAGAGAAACAAACGAGAACGGCGAAUGUUUUGAUGGCAACAGCUCUUCACGGAAAGAGGCUUUCUAAGCAAAAAAAGAAGGGGAUUCAUGGCGAUGGACGUGGGAGAGUCCGAAUGCCACGACUCACAGCGAAAUCGACCACGUUCUCACUAACAGGAAGUGGAGUCUGCUCGACGUCAGCGUGGUGGAUGCAUUCCGCACUGGGAGCGACCAUAGGCUGGUCAGAGCAAAAUUCGUCUCCGAGGAAUACGAAGACGCGACUCCCAUCCACGUUCUCCAACCCAUAUGCUCGCCACAGUACGACACACUGUUACGUCGUGGAGGCAGUCGCCGCUCACUACACGUGGCAGGAGGCGCAAGACUUGUCGCAAGACUAUACCAUGCUCAUAGAAGGACUUCUACAUUGCGCUAUGGCAUCGCUAUCACAACAAGGACGGAUUCGAAAGGCAGGGCUUGACGACAAGGCUCGCCACUUCUGCAGCAACGCGCUGUCGUCCAUCGCAUCGAGAGCGAGGAUAGAAGAGAUCGCCGUCAACUUCUACACGGAUUCUUCAGAUCAACAAUGCCGGUUUCGCGCAUACCUACACCUACGCAGGACGCUGGCCCCACUGAUAAAAGAGUGGGAGGUGGAGCACGCCUUUCGUCAAAUGAAGCCGCGAAAGGCACCAGGACCUGACCGCAUCUCAGCAGACUUUCUGGAGUCGGCGUCCGCAGCCGUCAUAAACAGCCAAGAGGCACAGGUAGCAUGGACGUAG